AUGGGAUUUUUUGUAAUAUUUUUCGCUGAUUAUCUGAUUGAGUUUGAGAUUGACAGCACAGAUAUAACAGUCCUGGAUCGACUAAGAAAUUAUUUGAACAUGGACAAUUUACCCUCAAUAAAUAAUUACACCAGUGUGAUUGACAUAAACAUCACUGCAGUAUGCAGUUUGAAUGGUACUGAAUAUCAGUGCAGAUGUGAUGAUCAGUAUUUAUGGCCAUGUGAAAAGUGCACACAGUAUGGCUCUUGUAAUAACAUCACUGAUUCCUUUUGUCGCUGCAUUAAUGCUGUUCCAAAUGAUGGACACUUCUGCCAGCCAAUCAGUGAGCUGACUGAUAAUUCUACAUGUCCAGAUAUAACACCCACAGCUGAUUAUCUGAUUGAGUUUGAGAUUGACAGCACAGAUAUAACAGUCCUGGAUCGACUAAGAAAUUAUUUGAACAUGGACAAUUUACCCUCAAUAAAUAAUUACACCAGUGUGAUUGACAUAAACAUCACUGCAGUAUGCAGUUUGAAUGGUACUGAAUAUCAGUGCAGAUGUGAUGAUCAGUAUUUAUGGCCAUGUGAAAAGUGCACACAGUAUGGCUCUUGUAAUAACAUCACUGAUUCCUUCUGUCGCUGCAUUAAUGCUGUUCCAAAUGAUGGACACUUCUGCCAGCCAAUCAGUGAGCUGACUGAUAAUUCUACAUGUCCAGCUAUAACACCCACAGCAAUAUCUGCUUCAACCCAAACCAGCACAACCACAGAAACUUCCACAGCUAAUGCAACCCUGAACAGCACAACUACCACAUCCAUAGCAACAUCCACUACAACACAAAGCACCACUACAACCACCACAACUGCAGACACCCAUGUAUUAACCUUUACAUUGGCAAUAAAUGAAGUUUUUGACACUCAACUAAGUGACCAAACCAGUACAAAAUACCAAAAAUAUAAAAGGGAUAUUGAGAGUGCAAUUGAUUUAAGCUACCAAACUGUAACUGGUUACAUGGCAGGCUCUGCAAGAGUCACCAACUUCAGGUCUGGUAGUGUCUUGGCAGACUUUAAUAUCAGCACUACUAGUGUUAACCUGGAUUUGGUAUCAGCAAAUGAAAACGUUGCUAAUGAUCUCCAGUCUCAGGGAUUUAAUGUGAGCAACAAUGCAUUCAGUCGAAGCGUGAAAGAUGGACUAUAUACAAGCAGCGGCAAUAUAUAUCCUGGGAGGAAUCUCACAUUGACCUGCAAUCCCCCAGUUAAUAAUAGCCUAAACUGGUCUCUGAAUGGGGUCCCACUACCUCAGUCAGCCAAUAUCCUUGAGCUCAAUAAUGCUUCUUCCACUAACAGUGGCCAAUAUGCCUGCACAACAACAGUAAACUCAAUGCCUUAUGUGAUCUGGCAAAGCAUUAAUAUUGAGCAAUACCCCAAUAUCCAAGUGACCAGUAACAAACUUUUACAAUGUAAGAAUACCACAGUCCCACUGCAGUGCUGUGUUCAGUCAGGUUACCAAGUGAAAUGGGAUGCUUGCAACUCACAACCGCCAAACCCGGUGACCGGCUGCAUAUCAUGCAACUAUUCAGUUAAACAAACAGACUGCAUGAAUAAUGUAGUAGCACAGGUGAGAUGCCAACUCCAAAAUCCCCUCCCUGAAAGUACAAGUCAGAAUUACAACUCAAAGAGCAUCACCUUAAAUAUAGUUAACGAAACAUUUGACUGCUUUGAUAAUGUAUUUGGAGCUGGAAAUGUGGGAGUGGAAAGCACUGGUAACUGCAGUGGAGGCAUGGUUGGCUACCAAGUAGCUCAGUGUACAUCCCCAAACAUCUGGAAACCAAUAGAAAACUACUGUGUUCUUCCCAUAUUUAAAAAUUUACAAGAUACAGCUAAGACUUUACAGCUAGACAAAAUCCCCCAAUUUAUGGUCAACCUCAGCACUAAUGCUUUAUUUGCAAGUGAAAAUAUCACUGACUCUUCAGCUACAAUAUUAACAAUUGUAGACAUACUAAACACUAUUUCCAAUCUCUCACAAACAAUUUUAAUUAGUCAACCUGUUAUGAAGAAUUUUCUAGAAACAACAGAUGUGAUUGGAUCUGAUGGUGCACAAAGCACAUGGAUGCUUCUAAACAGCAACAGUACAACAAAAAAUGCCAGUUCUGAACUUCUAAAAUCGACUGAGAAGAUUGCAACCAGACUAUCAGAUAAUAACUUCUCAAUAAAAACAAAACUUAGUUCUCUUGAUAGAACUUCCAUCACUGCCCCCUUUUCUGGAACAUUUGGAAUAAAUUCAACAACCCAAAUAAAUAUUCCAGUAGCGAGUGCACAGACAUCCCUUACAGUCAUCAUUUCUUCAGCUUUUAAUAAUAUCUUACCUGUUCGAAAUCUGACCUACGAAGACAGCAAUCAAACUGGCACCAUCAUUAAUGGAGAUGUAGCUGUAAUUGAGACAAAUACAACAAUUAACAAAAUCUCCCUUUCUCUUGAGGUCAACAAUAUGACGUUGGGAAACCCUCAGUGUGUCUUUUGGAACUUUAACCUUUUGAAUGGCAUUGGGGGAUGGGACUCGACUGGAUGUCUACUAAAGUCAUUAGAAAAUGAAACUAAAAGAGUUAGAUGUGAAUGCAACCACACAACAUCUUUUUCCAUUCUGAUGUCACCAUUUACUCCGGAUAAAGACUUAGCCAUAAUCUUAGACUAUAUAACUUACAUCGGUGUUGCUAUUUCAUUGGGCUGCUUGGUUUUGUGCCUCCUCAUUGAAAUCAUUAUAUGGAAAUCAGUGACAAGAAAUGACACGUCCUACAUGCGUCAUGUCUCUAUAGUCAAUAUCGCUCUCUCCUUACUGAUUGCGGACAUAUGCUUUAUCAUUGGAGCAGCGGUAGUUAACCGAGGCGAAGGUCCCUGCAGUACAGCCACAUUCUUCAUGCACUUCUUUUAUCUGGCCCUUUUCUUCUGGAUGUUGUUGUCAGCACUCUUGCUCCUCUACCGCACCCUUAUGGUCUUUUCCAGAAUGAGCAAAGGUACUAUGAUGGCCAUAGCCUUUACUGUUGGCUAUGGAGCCCCAUUAAUCAUAGCCGUGGUUACUGUGGCAUCUACAGCUGGGCAACAUGGAUACAUUCAAAAAAAUUACAAUUGUUGGCUAAACUGGAGUCAAACGAAGGCCCUCCUGGCAUUUGUGAUUCCUGCUCUAACUAUUGUAGCUAUAAACUUCCUGGUGCUUAUUGUGGUUCUGUGUAAGAUGUUGAGGAGAGGAGCUAGUGCUUCCAUUCAGCAAGAUGAGAAACAUCCUCUAGUAGUCAUUGCUAGAUGUGUGGCGAUUCUAACACCUCUCUUUGGUCUAACGUGGGGAUUCGGCAUUGGAACCUUGGUAUCACCGAACCGUGGAAUUCACAUAGUGUUUGCAUUCUUUAAUUCACUGCAGGGUUUCUUCAUUUUGCUGUUUGGGAUAUUACUGGAUAGUAAGGUCCGAGAAGCAUUGACAGGAACAUUUUCACUGAAGAACUUCAGCUCUAAUCGUACCAGAAGUACGAGUGGAGGUCCAUUAUCCUCGAGUGGAUUUCCUUUCUUUCAGAGGAUACGGCAGAGAAAUGCAUAUAAUUUUUCAAGUGGCGGCUUGAUGUCUUCAAGCAACUCAGCUACUGACACCUAAAUUAAUAAGCCCACACUAAGUGGCCU